UGAAAAACAGCAGCAGCAGAACGAGGAGCCUCAACCUUCCCCAGUGCGGUACACUCCAGGGUGGGCAGCAUGUGGUGCUUUCUGUUGUGUUGUGUGUUAUGGUUCCCGGGUCUGCUUUGCACCCUUCCAGCAGCGACUCACCAGCCCCUACAUGAGUACUCCGAUGGGGACGUCAUCAUCGGAGGGCUUUUCCCGAUUCACUUACAACCCAAUCGCACCCUCCCGUCAUCGAGGCACGUCUCGUGCAACGAGUAUCAAUUUCAAGUAUUCCUAGCUGCUCAAAUGAUGAUAUUUGCGAUCAAGAGGGUAAACCAGCGCAGAGCUCUGCCUAAUGUGACACUUGGCUACGACGUGUACGAUACCUGCGGGGAUGUGUCCCUGGCCAUGCGGAUGGCCCUCAACAUGUCCAUCGACCAACUGGACCCCCAGUGCGGGUUGUUACCUGGAAGGAAGCCCAGUUCAGCGCCCAACCCUCGAGUCAAAGCAGUGAUCGGCGAGGCUUUUUCCGAAGUGUCCAUCGCUGUUGCACGAAUAUUAACCCUGUCAUCGAUCGCCCAGAUUAGUUAUGCAUCAACUAGUGAACUGCUCAGCAAGAAGGCCAAGUUCCCCACUUUUCUGAGGACAGUGAACAGCGAUGUGCUGCAGACCAAAGCCAUGGCAGAGCUUGUGAAGACGUUCAACUGGGAAACGGUCGGAAUCGUGGGCAGCGACGACGAGUAUGGCAAAUACGGCAGCGACGGCCUGGUGGAUCAUUUCAAUGCCAUGGAUGUGUGCGUUGACUUUAAGUUCAUCCUGCCUGCCCACUUAGACCUCAGCGAUAGCAGUGCCCAAAAGCAAUUAACUGAGCUAAUGGACACUAUUGGAAACUCGACCGCCGAGGCUAUCAUUCUUUUCACCCAGGUGUCAAUCGUGAAGCUUGUCCUGGAAGCCGCCAUUCAGAUGAACCUGAACAGAACUUGGAUCGCUAGUGAUGCAUGGUCCAACUCCUCUGACAUCAAAGAGCUCCCAGGCAUCGAGGCAAUCGGGCCCUUCUUUGGAAUCGCCUUUAAAAGACACAUUGUUGAAGGCUUUGCCGACUACGUAUCUUCAAUGGUCGAAGAAAAAUCCUCAAACCCCCUAUGGGAGUAUCAUAAAUUGAACCAUCCGCCCUGUCAAAGUGCCCCUCAAGAGAAGCUGAAUUGUUCACUAACGGCGAGCCAAUGUAUGGAAACGAGAUGUCUGGUGCAUUACAUUUUCUGGGAUUUGUCCCUCAAUAUCUACUUGGCAGUCGAAGUAAUAGUCAAUGCUCUGAGUAGUCUAAUGAAGUGUGACAGAGAAAAAUGUCAACGAAAUACCAGCUUUACGGCAUACGAGCUAUUGAAUGAAAUCAAGAAUGUCGACCUCACCCUGAGUGACACACACAUAGUGUUUGAUGAUAAUGGAGAUCCCAUGCUUGGAUAUGACAUCGUCGCAUGGAACUCGCCCAGUUCGGAACUAUUGGAGAGUAUCUGCCAGGAAGAAAGAUCACUCUCCCCCCGAAUCUUGUUGCAAAGAUGGCUAAUGCAACGGUCACUGCUUUCAAUUGCAGUAAGACCUGUCCAGCGGGACAGGAGCUGAUGAAAAAUGGAUGCUGCAAGCACUGUAUUGUGUGUAGUGAGGGACAUUUUUCUCCUGAAAUUGGUACGCAGAAAUGUAGAGUGUGUGAAGAAGGUAAGUAUUCACCCUUGAAACGUGACAGGUGUUUGGAUAAAAAACCUAAAUUCCUU